AUGGUGCUGUUCGACAACCUGUUCGGCGUCCCGAGCUACUUGCGGUUCUUCGCGCCGCGUUCCGCGACCGCCGGACGCCGGGCCGCGUCCGCGACCAUGCGCGGCGUGUCGUUCGCCAAGAUCACGUCGUGCCUCACGCUGGUCCUGCUCAUAUGCUUCGAGACGGUGUUGCUGUCCACGGUCAGCGAUUGCACCAAGUCAUUCACCGUGCACUGGAACACGUCGAAUUCAAUGUGA